AUGAAGACAUUAGCUCUGUUAGUCGGCGUAUUCGCAGUGGCGGCUGCCACUUCCAUCGACUUCUCGAAGGUGAAGCGCGUCGAGGAGCUGGACUCGUUCUGGGCACAGCUGGCACCGCAACUGCAGAUGCUACGUCCCUCGCAAACCGGCCCGGAAAGUCGAAUCGUCAACGGUCAGGAGGCUCAACCGAAUCAAUUUCCAUACCAAGCGCUGGUACUGAGCUUCUUUGCCGACGGAAACAGCGGAUUGUGCGGUGGUACUGUAUUGUCACAAAACUUCGUACUGACCGCUGCUCACUGCGUUCAGAUCGGAACUGUGGCAAGCCAUGGAACGGUGGUUCUCGGUGCCCAUAAUCGCCAAGUGGAGGAACCAACCCAGCAAAGGUUUGAUUUUGCCGCGGUCAACGUUCACCCUAGUUAUGUCGCAUCAUUGCUUCGCAAUGACAUUGCCACCGUACGCCUUGCCAGUCCUGUCGUAUUCAACGAUGUUGUACAACCGAUUGAUCUUCCUGCGCUGUCCGACAGCAGAACGUUCGCCGGAAUGACUGGAAUUAUCUCCGGCUUUGGUAGGACUUCAGACGAAACGGGAUCGCCUGCUUCCAAUGUGGUGAUGUACACCAGCAAUCCGAUUCUGACCAACGCCGAUUGUCAAUCGUCCUGGAAUGCCAUCAUAAUUCAAGCGCAGAACAUUUGCCUCUCCGGUGACGGUGGCCGCUCGGUUUGCAACGGAGACUCCGGUGGCCCACUUGCCGUUCGGGAAGAUGGCCGCAGCCUGCAGGUCGGUAUUGCUUCGUUUGUGCAUGCCACCGGAUGUGCAUCCGGUUUUCCGGCUGGAUUUGUUCGAGUUUCACACUAUCUGUCAUGGAUUGCGGAGAACUCUGAUGUUACGUUGCGGAACUAA